UUAGCCAGGAUGGGGCCUAGGCAGGGGGAAGAGGCUGGAUCCUCUGUCUAUCACCACAGAUCACAGAAAAAGCUAAGGAGCUUGAGGGAGGAUGGCCUGGAGCCUGAUGGUGCUUCUGCCCUGUCUCUUGGUCUCUGUGCAUGGGAACAAAGCUCCAAGUUUCACCAAUAACAUGACUGUAGCUCGCGUGCCUGAGGACCUGCCUGUGGGGGAUGUAGCUUUCUGGAUUACAGCCACAGAUGCAGAUAAUGACGCUCUGAUAUUCAGUCUGGGUGGUCGUUAUGCCUAUUUCUUUGGUGUCGAUGAGACCACAGGGGAGGUGAAACUGAACAGUCCUUUGGAUUAUGAGACCCUGUACCAUUUCUCCGUCACCAUUUCUGUGUGGGAUAAGAUAAAUCCACAGGUGCAGAAGGAUUUACAAAUCAUUGUGAUUGAUAAGAAUGACAAUGAGCCAGUCUUCCAGAAUACACCCUAUUCUACUAGUAUCAAUGAGACCCUGCCUGUGGGCUCUCAGGUUUACACAGUGAGAGCAGAAGACCCGGACACGGGAUUAGGUGGCCUGGUAAACUACACCAUUCUUGAGGUUAUCCCCAAUACUCCAGAAAACCAGCAGCUCUUCUCCAUCCUGUUAAAUGGCACCAUCAUCCUUAAAGGUCCCCUCAGCUACAACAACAAAAGCAUGUUCUACCAAGUGAAACUGCAGUCCUGUGACCAAGACAAAGUUAAACCAUUGUGUUCCCAAUCAGUCUUCCUGUCAAUCACAGUUAUUGACCUUCCAGAUCUAGACCCACAGUUUCUCCAGGAACCUUACACAGCUUCAAUAGGAGAAGAUGCAGCCCUGGGCACCUCGGUGUUGACCUUGAAGACUGUGGAUGGAGACAAAGGCAUCAAUGAUCCAGUCAAGUUCUCUAUCACUAAUUCUACAAAGCCUUGGUUUAAGAUCGGGGAGCAGGAUGGGGUCAUCACGGUGAAUCACCUUUUGGAUCGGGAACUACUGCUAGAUGAGAAUGAAGAGGUUCACUUGGAGGUCACGGCCACAGAAAUCCAUCUCAACAUCUAUGGGCAAGAGGCUAAAGCCAAGACUUGGGUCACCAUAAAAGUGACAGAUGUAAACGAUCACUCCCCCCAGUUCUACAGCUGCAUCCUGCCUGACUGUGAUUUCUCUGAUGAUAAGGCAGUAUCCACUUUCACUGGUUACCUGCCUGAACAUUCUUCCACCCGGGUGCCUGUCAGCAACCUGACUAUGGUGGCUUAUGACCCAGACAAGGGUCUCAAUGGCACUUUUCUGCUAUCCCUGGCUGGCCCUGAUCACAUGGCUUUUGCUGUGUCCCCGGAAAAGGUGGUGAACACAGGAGAGGUACAAGUGUUGGUCUUGCAGUCUAACCUUGUGGAUUUUGAGCAGAAGCAGAUAAUGGAGCUAGAGGUCAUAGCCAAUGACUCUAGCAGCCACAUGAUCUCCACUGCCAAGGUAACCAUCCAUGUGGAAGACAUUAAUGACCACGCACCUGAGUUCAACAAGUCCCAGUACAUUCUAUAUGUAUAUGAGCACUGCCAGGACGGCACAGUGGUUACCAAGGACAUCAAGGCCACGGAUCCUGAUACUGACUUCAGAGGACACAUCACUUACCACCUUAUCUCAGGGAGCAGUGCGGAUAUCUUUCAGGUGAACCCCAGCUCUGGAGAGAUCACAGUUAAGAAUGGCAGCCUGCUGGACCGGGAGCUGCAAUCUGUCUACUACCUCACGCUGCAAGCCACAGAUGGAGGUAACCUGACAGGCUCCACCCUCCUGCAGAUCAUCCUGCAGGACAUCAAUGACCAGGCCCCUGUGGUCAGUGGUUCCUACAACAUCUUUGUCAAGGAGAUGAAGGACAAUGUCACAGUGACCAUCCAGGCCUAUGAUAAUGAUGACCCUAACACUAACAACAGUGAGAUCCGUUUUAGACUCCUGCCCAGUCCAUAUAGUAAGAAUUUCACCUUGGACUCAGUCACGGGGUUACUGACAAACCGGGGGCCCUUGGACCGAGAGGCCAUCGACCCCAAUCUGUCGGGAAAGAUCGUGCUGACAGUGUUCGUCUAUGACCUAGGAGUUCCCUCCCUCAACACCACAGUCAACGUCAACAUCAACGUAGAGGACAUCAAUGACAACAUACCUGUAUUCAAUUUUACCAUUUAUAGAUUCUAUGUGAAGGAAAGAGUGAAGGGUGCGUACUUGGGCAUCGUGAAAGCCUGGGAUGCUGACCAGACUGAUGUCAACAGCCGCGUGGCCUUCAGUCUGACUGGGGAUGGGGCCAGCAACUUUGAGAUCCGCUCCACGUUCCUGGGCUCGGGCUGGAAUGAGGGCAACGUGUCCCUGGUCUCAGAUGUGAGCCUGGACUACGAGAGACCGCCCAGCAACUUCACGCUGACUGUGCUGGCGCAGAAUGCAGCCGAGUCGGAGGGGACGGGCUCUGCCACGCUGCUGGUCAUCACGGAAGACGUGAACGAUGAGGCUCCAAGCAUCCUAGCAUCUUCCCUGAAAGAAGUCCGGUUGCGGGAGCACCAAGGCAAACAGAACGGCCUCGUGGCUCACGUGGAGGCCCAGGAUCCUGACACAAAUGCCUCCCUAGAAGUUCGUCUUCAGGACACGGUCUGCUUGAAGAAGGGAGUGGAUGUGGGUGACGUGUGCCAUGGCUGGUUCAGGCUGGUCCCCAACGGUAGCGUCUACAUCAACGACAGCAUGGCCAUCGACUACGAAGUCUGUGACCUGGUCAGGCUGCUGCUCCAAGCCUGGGACCUGCACACGGCCGAGGGCUUCCCUGCCAGCAGCCCUAAUGAGACUCUGCCAAUCACCAUCUUGGACGUGAAUGACCAUCCACCCCAGUUCCUGCCGACCAAUGAGACAUUUGUGAUCAUACCAGAAGUUCUUUCUCUGAAUCAGCAGGUGGCUUCUGUGAAGGCCACAGACAAGGAUGAUGGAGUUAAUGCAGAUCUCAACUUCUUCAUUGACCAGAUAGAAUUCAUCCCCAAGGAUGGUCCCAGAAUCCCCUUUGAAGGCCUGUUCCGGAUCAAGUCUUCAUCUGAAGGCGACAUAUACACAGGGAGCAUAGUGGUGGUGACUACUCUUGACAUUACUCUCAAGGGAACCUACCAGUUAACAAUCAGGGUCCAAGAUAAACCUGUUGACGACCCACCUCUGACAGCGAACACCUCCCUGAAUCUUUUUACUGUGGAUCAGAGCUAUCGUCUACGGCUUCAAUUCUCAACAGGAGCAACAGAAGUGGGAAGCAAUACUAAUGCAAUCAAAGCUGCCCUGAUGGAAGCAACUAGGACCACGGUCUACAUUGUAAGCAUCAAGGAUCUUGAAACCCCAAAUUCCAGAGCUAAGGGCUUAUCUUAUAUGGACGCCUACUUUGUAUACAGCAAUGGAACAGCCUUGACCCUCAGUGAUCUCAACAUGUACAUCAGGAGUGACCAGGAAGUGUUAGCCACACUGCUACGACUUGGGCUGGUAGUGAUUGGCUCUGGAGAAGAGAUAAAGCAGGACAAAGACAAGGAGUUCCUCAGCAUCAUUGCUGGGCUGGGAGGUGCUUUGAUACUUCUCAUCAUCAUCAUGGUUGUAUCUUUAGUGUGCACCAGGAAGAGCUACAAAAGGAAGCUUAGAGCUGUGAAGGCUCGUAAAGAGGCCAUGAAGACAAAUGAAAUACUCACCAGCCAGACUCUUGCAAUCCCUGGGACAAACCUGUUUAAUGCAGAGAAAGCCAACCCUAUGCUCAAUUUUUCUUCGAUGGAUCUCGGCUUUGAAUCUCUUUCUUCCCGUAAUGAAGAUGAUGUUGCCAGCAUCAACUCCUUAGAUGAGAACAAGGUGGAUACAGAUGUGGAUAUAGUCAUGGACAUGGACCUAGUGAAGGAGCACAAGGAGAAACCAGAGUUGACUGACACUGAGCCGCUGACCACGGUGCUGAAGGCAGGAAAGGACAAAAAUCAAGAAAAGGACAAGUUGGUGCUGAAAUUGGGUGAAGUCAACAUGGCUCUGGAUACCACUGACCUCUAACCCUGCCUAUGCCCCCUGCCGCCCUCCACCCCCUCCUGAGGUCACCCCCUGUCUCCGCUUCCCC